AAAAGCUUUUCUGAUUGGGAAAUUUGGAAUCAGAAAAGAAAGAUUAAAACUUUGGAGGGUGAGGGCAUCUCUUUUCGAUCAGUCUAGUCCUCUCGAAUAUUUCUCUCUCUCUCUCUCUCCCUACAAUCUCCGAACCAUUUAUUUCCUGCAGCAUAGGGGUUAUAGAUAGAGAGAGCGACACUCUCUCUGUGGGUUUCCAUCUUUUCUGAGUUUGGUUUUUCAAUUCCCGUCCUGUUUUUAUUUGCUAAUUGUCCUGAUCUUUGACGGCGAUCACCUGAAGACUUCUGCCUUUUUCUGGGCUCUACAAAGAAGUAAGGUUGGAAGGCUUACUGAUGGGGAAGGGUUCGAAGAGCAAUUGCAAGUCUGCAUCACACAGGCUCUUCAAGGACAAGGCAAAGAACAGGGUUGACGACCUCCAAGGGAUGUUCGUGGAUCUGCAGUUUGCCAGGAAGGAGAGUCGCUCGAUCGAUGCUGCAGUACUUGAGGAACAAGUCCAUCAGAUGCUCCGGGAGUGGAAAGCCGAGCUCAAUGAGCCCUCUCCAGCUUCUUCUUUGCAACAAGGGGGUAGCCUUGGGUCUUUCUCCUCGGAUAUAUGUCGUCUAUUGCAGCUUUGUGAAGAGGAAGAUGAUGCCACUAGUCCAUUAGCUGCGCCAAAUCCCGAGCCUAAUAAUCAAAGUACACAAGUUGGAGACAGUUUGAUCUUUCAAGAGGGAUUUACUGUGAAUCAGGGGCAGCAGGACCAUGGUUUUCCAUUGAUUGUUGAAUGCAAAAACCCGUCCCCAGAAGGUCAUGAUGUGUCAGUUAAUAACUCGGAUGGGGCUACUCAUUUGGACUAUCAUCAGUUUGAUUUGCAUCAAGACUUUGAGCACAACUUCUACACUGGUUUUAGUGGUACUGGUUUGUCUAGGGAGGAUGGCGUGCCUCAUGUUUCUAGCUAUCUGCCGAGUAUAUGCCCUUCACCUUCUGCUUUCCUAGGCCCAAAAUGUGCACUUUGGGAUUGUCCAAGGCCUGCACACGGCUUGGACUGGUGUCAAGACUAUUGCAGUAGCUUUCAUGCAGCUUUAGCAUUGAAUGAAGGUCCACCUGGCAUGGGUCCUGUUCUAAGACCUGGAGGCAUUGGCCUGAAGGAUGCUCUCCUUUUUGCUGCUCUUAGUGCAAAGGCACAAGGAAAAGAUGUUGGUAUCCCAGAAUGUGAGGGAGCUGCUACUACAAAGUCUCCAUGGAAUGCACCUGAACUCUUCGAUCUAUCAGUUCUGGAAGGUGAAACAAUUAGGGAAUGGCUCUUUUUUGAUAAGCCUCGAAGAGCAUUUGAGAGUGGGAACAGAAAGCAGAGGUCAUUGCCAGAUUACAGUGGGCGCGGUUGGCACGAGUCAAGGAAGCAGGUGAUCAAUGAAUUUGGAGGCCUGAAGAGGUCCUACUAUAUGGAUCCACAACCUCUUAACCAUUUUGAGUGGCACCUCUAUGAAUAUGAGAUCAAUAAGUGCGAUGCUUGUGCUUUGUAUAGAUUGGAAUUAAAACUUGUUGAGGGGAAGAAGAACUCCAAGGGGAAAAUAACCAAUGACUCAGUUGCUGAUCUGCAGAAGCAGAUGGGAAGGCUCUCUGCUGAGUUUCCAUCUGAUAUUAAGCGCUCUAUGAAGGGGAGGGCCAAAGUUAAUGGAAAGGCUGGUGUAGGUCAUGUUUACCCUGUUGCAAAUCGAGUAACACCAACAAAUGGGGCAUAUGGGAUAAAUGCACCAUAUGAUUAUCUUGUUGAGAAUAUGGGUGAGUAUUAUCUGACGUAGUUAUAGAAGAUUGGCUGGAUGCUGAAAGUGCUGGAUGUUGUUAGUUUAGUUACAUUAGGCAGCAAGCAAUGGGGUUGUGAUUUUUAUUUUAUAUUAUCUUUCUCUUCACUCGUUGGUUCUCUAGAAUUGUGAAUGGCUCAUUCUCACAUGAAGUGCGGUAUUAGAGUGUCCCAAAAACUGGAGCUUAUUUUUAACUUCUGAAAUAUGGUGACAAACUGAUAGAAUGGGUGAUUUUCGUCA